GCACUUUCCCUGCGCUGACCUCUGACAGCCGCUCAUGGAUGCGCUCCCCUCCCUUCACAAACACGGAAGCAGCAUGGCGUCCAACAGCAGCGGCGGCGGCUCCGACAGGCAACGGAUUGCCCAGCAAAGACUGAGAAUAAUUGCUGGGCAUUUACGGAGACCGGUGGACGUUGACUCGACCAUCCUGGCCGCGGAGUGCAAAGCCCAGGACUCCAAGACAGACGUCUCCAGUGAGGGGAAGACGGUGCCGAGGAGGAGGCAGGAGAUUAUGAAAUGGAAUGGCUGGGGAUACAGCGAUACAAAAUUCCUCUUCAAUAAGAAAGGUCAAGCAGAAUUUACUGGCAAAAGGUAUAAACUAAGUGGUAUGAUCAUGCCUGCUCUAAAAGAUUGGCUGGAAGACACGUUUGGAACCAAUUUGCAGCAUAAAUCUCCAGCAACACCCAUUCUGACUAGCAGUGCUGUGCAGCCUCCCACUCUAAACGAAGCCUUUGUGGAGGAACUGAAAUCCACAGGUAUUCCCUUCUCUCAUGAUGCCGAAGACCGGGUGUUUCGGGCCCACGGCCAUUGCUUACACGAGAUCUUUGCUCUGCGAGAGGGGAAAGUUGGUCGUGUUCCAGAUCUGGUGGUAUGGCCAAACUGCCACAACGAUGUAGUGAGAAUUGUGGAACUGGCGUGCAAACAUAACGUUUGUUUGAUACCAUAUGGAGGAGGGACUAGUGUCUCUAGUGGCCUAGAGUGCCCCCCAGAGGAAACUCGCUCCAUUGUCUCUCUGGAUACCUCACAGAUGAGCCGCAUCCUGUGGAUUGACGAGAAAAAUUUAACUGCCCAUAUGGAAGCUGGCAUCGUCGGUCAGGAUUUGGAGAGAUUGCUUAAUGAGAGCGGCUACUGUACAGGACAUGAGCCAGACUCCAUGGAGUUCAGCUCCUUGGGGGGUUGGGUUGCAACCAGAGCAUCAGGCAUGAAGAAGAACAUCUACGGCAACAUUGAGGACCUGGUCAUCCGCGUAAAGAUGGUGACCCCCCAGGGGGUGAUUGAAAAGAGCUGUCUGGGGCCACGCAUGUCCACAGGGCCAGACAUUCACCACUUCAUCAUGGGCUCAGAAGGAACCCUGGGCGUGGUUACUGAGGUAACGAUGAAGAUUCGUCCCAUGCCGGAGUAUCAGAAAUACGGGUCGGUGGUCUUCCCUAAUUUUGAGCAGGGAGUUGCCUGUCUCCGAGAAGUUGCCAAGCAGCGGUGUGCCCCAGCAUCGAUACGACUCAUGGAUAAUGAACAAUUUAAAUUUGGUCAUGCCCUGAAGCCUCAAGUAUCUUCGAUGUUCACAUCCUUUCUGGACGGGUUGAAGACAUUUUACAUCACCAAGUUCAAAGGGUUCGACCCCAACUGCUUGUGUGUGGCCACCCUACUGUUUGAGGGACACCGUGAGAAGGUCCUGCAGCACGAGAAGCAGGUUUAUGACAUCGCUGCACAAUUCGGGGGGCUGGCAGCUGGAGAGGACAAUGGGCAGAGGGGCUACAUGUUGACCUUCGUCAUCGCUUACCUCCGGGACUUGGGGAUGGACUACUAUGUGAUCGGGGAGUCCUUUGAAACCUCUGUGCCUUGGGACAGGGUGUUGGACAUCUGCCGGAACGUAAAGUUACGCAUCAUUCAAGAGUGUAAAGACAAAGGAGUGCAGUUUCAACCAUUAGCCUCAUGCAGGGCGACUCAGACAUACGACUCUGGUGCCUGUGUCUACUUUUACUUUGCCUUCAACUACAGGGGACUCAGUGAUCCAGUACACGUGUUUGAAGAAGUGGAGCAUGCAGCUAGAGAAGAGAUUCUUGCCAAUGGAGGGAGCUUGUCACAUCACCAUGGAGUGGGGAAACUUCGGAAGGAAUGGAUGAGAGAGGCCGUCUCCAAUGUCGGCAUGGGGAUGCUUAAGUCUGUCAAGGACUACGUGGACCCCAAUAACAUCUUUGGCAACAGGAACCUCCUCUAAUUUCCCGCUCACCUUUAUCUCACCUUUUUUCUAAAAAAAAAAAAAAUCAUCUUGUGCAUUUUGGAUUAAUAGAUACUAAAUGUGAAUUUCAAAUGGACAGAUGUUGUCUUUUUCAUCAGUCAUUUGGUGCCAUGUAUUGAUUCACCCAAACCUUGUCUUUUACAUUGUAUUGCACUUAAUAUGCUGUAACAAUCAUUGUCACUCACGGUGAAGCUAAUUUUUUGCAGCCUCAGCUUGUUGGAGCUACGGCCAUGAUGCAACAAAACCUUGAUUAUUUUCUCUUUUUUUUUUUUCUUACGUUUAACCAUUUCCUAAAUAUCUUUGCCAACAUGGUUGAUUCAUCUGUUAUCUUUUCAUACUUUCCACUUGUGUGUCUGUACGUUUGAGGCACUUCUGUAGUGGUAAGUUGUAGAUGAAUGCGCUUUAUGAAGCUCUGUGCCUUUUCUAAAGCUUAUGUCUGCCUUCCCUUUCUCCCACUAAACACUCUGCUGGUGUACAGGGAGUCCCUUUGUGGAGCAACAUUAACUUGGACAUGAAGUUUUCUAUGUCGUCAUCUUUUCUUGCCCUCAUGCUUUGGUUGUACUUGCCAUAAGAGACUUUUCGUGUGUGUGUGUGUGUGUGUGUGUGUGUGUGUGUGAGAGAGAGAGAGUGUGUGUAUGUGUGUGUGAGAGAGAGAGGGGGAAAGAAAGCCUCCCUCUACCCCACAACAUUUUGACAAUAACACCCCUCCUAGAAGUACAGUCUGAUUACAAGGAGAGAUAUUCCUUGUGUUUGUUUUUUUUGUAAUGAAAGUGUUUACUUUGCAUGAUUAGUUACUAAGAAAGUGAAGUGGGGGGGAGAGGGGAAAAAAAAAAAUCCACCAUGUUUUUCCAUCACGCCUGCUUCAAUGUCACCGCGUUUGCAGUUUAAGGCCUCUGGAUCCCGGUGCUCACGUUGUACCAAAGACUCAACAAAUAAGAACAUGCAAACGCACCGUAAACAUAUGUUUGACUGUGUGACCCUCCACACAUAUUUUAGUAACUUCAUGCACAGCUAAAAUAUAUUUUGUAAUCAGCAUUAUGCAAAGAUGACCCUUCUGAGAGCUGUACAAUGUAUAUAUGUGUCCGUAGCAUGGGCUAAAACGUUCUACAUCUUGUGUCUUGUGUUCCCUUUAUCUAAUUAUUUCUUUUUCAGAAAUUUGCUCAGAAAUUCCUCCUAAAAUAGUUUCCCUUGUCAUCUGUACGGUGUAAUAUAGUUUUGGAAUGGUUACUGCAAUUUGAUACCAGACCUAAAGUGUUUGUCACUGAUAACCAUUGAUUUUAAGGCAAAGUAAAGCUGUUUGCUGAGGAAUCUUGCCUUUUUUUUUUUUUUGAUCUGUGCUUCAUAUUUUUCUGAACCACCGUGUCCUUUUUAACUCGUAAUAUUUCCCCAAAUAAAAGGACUCGUGAGGGACCCGUCGUAUGACAUUUUUAUCUCCACGUCAAACAACGUGUGAGAGCUUUUGAUCGUUAUGGAUGUACCUUUUUGUUAUUUUCCACUUCUCUUAACAACGGCGUAACACCAGAGAACAUUUUGUCAAUGCUGUUUGUGCAAUAAAUUGAACUAAAACAUC